AUGAUAAAUAAUCUACAGAUCUUACCCGGAUGGCAAGAGUACUUCCAUACGCCGCAGGACAUGAAAUUAGGACUCAUCAACUCUGCACAUAGCAUUGGCAUCCUCAGCGGGACUCCAUUUUCUCCUUACGUGUCUGACCUAUUAGGGCGGCGAGCAGCUAUGUUCAUCGGGGCAGUCGUCAUGCUAGCUGGUGUUCUUACUCAAGCCUUAUCCACCAACAUCCAAGUCUUCCUUGGCGCUCGUUUGCUUAUCGGAUUUGGGAUGGCUUUCUCCAUCAAUGCUGCUCCCUUACUCAUCAGCGAACUUAGCUAUCCAACACAUCGCGGAAAAAUGACCUCUCUGUACAAUUCGUUGUGGUAUUCUGGCAGCGCCAUCUCGGCUUGGAUCUGCCUGGGCACUUAUGACGUUGCGGGGACGUCACCGUGGUCAUGGAAGGCCCCUUCAUUAGUUCAAGCAUUUAUUCCUAUCAUUCAGAUGGUGCUAAUAUGGUUCAUCCCAGAGAGUCCUCGGUUUCUAAUGGCGAGAGGGUUGGAAUCACAAGCUGCACGAGUCCUCGCUCAGCGCCAUGCAAAUGGGGGGGACGAACGCAACGCUCUAGUAGCUUUCGAGCUGGCUCAAAUCCGACAUGCUUUGAACGUCGAACGAGAGUUCGCCUCUGGCAAAUCCUACCUAAGGUGCUUCUCGACUCCCGGCAACAGACAGCGCAUGUUUACCAUUAUAUGGAUCGCAGUAUUCUCACAGUGGAGGUUUGAUCAGUUUGGUUCCAAUUUGAUGACUGGCAUUGAUGUUCGUCUCAGCGGUAAUGGUCUGCCGUCCUAUUAUAUCAACUUGGGCCUUGCCGAUUGACUAGAUAUGGAUUUGUGCAUUUCCUAUAUAUUUCCUUCAAUUGAUCGAAACAGUCAACCUCGUGCUAUAUCUCCCAGCCUUGUCCCAGCCUAUCUUUUACGUGAACAGCUGCUCCACAUGUCCGCAGCUUUUAAGACAUAGGGUGCAACAAAUGAGAUGCUGGGUAUGGAAUAGAAUACGAAGUACGAUCCAGUGUACACUCGGUCACAUCUAAAUUGUACCUGAAACUCCAAAAUGGAUCCAACGCUGUGUUUAUUGCCAGUAUUAAGGU